AUGGCUGAAGAUGAUAAAUAGAAAGAUCUAAUGAAAUUUAUAGAGAAUUAGGAUCUUAUUGAAUAUUACAAAACUUGCCUUACCAAAACCUAGAGAGAUAAAGUGAAAAGAGUUUACAAAAAAGCAAUUUAACUAGAUGGGAAAGAUAAAGAAUUAUAUAAUAAGCAAAGAAAUUAAGCAAAAAAGAUUAUCCUAGAUUUUAAAAAUGCAAAACACCCCUAAUCUCCACAAUAACCUAUAUAAUAGCCAGCUAAUAAAUCAACUUAAGGAGGUAUAAAGGGUAAUACAAUACAGAAAGAUGAUAUAUCUAAAACUGAAGAGGCAAAAGAUGAUGAUAUCUCAAGAACUGAAAAUGUGGAAGAACGUAUUAGAAAGCUUGCAGCUGAAGAAAGAGAAUAAAAAACUAAAAGGAAAUAGGAGGAUUAAAGUUUUUAAUAAUUGAUCACUAACAAAGAAAGUAUUAAAGAUGAUAAUGAAUUUUUAUCAAAGAUUUUAAAAGAAAUGGCUGAGAAAAUGUCAAGUGAUUAUAAUAGUCUUAACGACAAAAUAUUUAAGUUAUAAGUUGAUAGUUUAAAAAGAGAUUAUAUAAUUAAAGAAUAAAAUACCCAAAUUAAAGACUUAAAAGUACAAAUUGUAUAUUUGUAAGAAAAAAAUGCUGAUUAAGAUAAAAAGAUUCACCACUUAGAUGCCAAAAUUGUAUGUUUGUAAGAAAAAAAUGCUGAUUAAGAUAAACAGAUUCACAAUCUAUUAAUGUUAAAUCAUUCAGAAACAAUUAACAGACAAUUUUAUUAGUAAGAAGCUGAAAUAUAUCUUGCAAAGAUUCAUAGAGCUCAGAUUAUCACUGUGCUGUAUAGUUAAUUGGCUAAACGCUUGGAAUGUUCUGUUGAUGAAUUAAAAUCUAUAAACGAUCAAAAUAAGUUGAAUCUAAUGCACAAUAUAAUUUCAAAAUAGUUUAAUUUAACUAAUUAUUAAUGGGAUAUGAUUAGAGAAGAAAAAAUAAUACGCAAUGAAGAAUUUCAUCCUCCUGAUGCUGAAAUUAUUAUUAAUAGUAAAAUGACUUUAAAGAAAAUUAUUCCUGGAGAUGAAGAUACAAAAAUCUAAGCAUAUGAAAAAGCAUUAGAAUGGAUUAAAAAUGGUAAAAUUGAAAUCCAAUUUGAUUGA